UCCCUUUGUCAGGCCGCUGGGCGGAGAGACGACUGCAGGAUCACAAACAGGGGGAUUAGGGAGGAGAUUGGCUAAGCAGUGAGUCUGUACGAACAGUGUGAGCAGAGAAGCUGGAAGCCGAGUGAAAGGCUUGUCGCCUGGCAUCUGAGGGGAGAUGAGCAGCCCGGCGUGGAGUGCGGGAGCAGCAUGAGUCUCCCUGCUAACCAUGCCUGCUGGCGCGGUGGAAAGCAACCUGCAGCGGGGGAUGGCUAUAGCAACAACAACAGCAGCAGCAGCUCUGUCCUUGGUACGAACAAUGUCAACAGUGUUACUGAACCAGAAACCCCGGAUCCCUCACUUAGUACCAUAAUGUGCAGGAAGAGGGGUGAGAGCUGCCUGGGUGUUCCGGAUACCGACCAUCCACACACUGCGCUCAAUCAGGAAAGCCACCGCAGCUCCGCUGACGUUGCUGCUGAUGACCAGCACUGCCUUCAUGAUAAGCCUUGCCAGAACUCUAGCAGCCCUUGCCGCCCCCCGUGCCCUGUCACUCCUGCCUGUAACUCUUGGCUUAUGCUGCUUGCGGGCUCAGGCUUGCUGGUCAUAUCCCUUCUGCAUUUGGGUCAGAGCUCUGCAGAGCCCGGUGCCUCUUCUGCCGGGGAGCUGUGUCUGGCUGUACUACUGCUGCGAGUCAGUGUCUAUUUAGGUUGCGCGUUGUGCGCUUUGCUCGUGGGAUCACUUUGUGCCCUGCACGGAACUGGCAGAUCUUUACCACCAUCGGACUUUACGCGGGCCAGGACAACACAGAGCAGAGGAAAUUUACUUGGAAACUCCCAUGAAGCGAGCCAGCUAAGGAGAGUGGUCAUCUCUCACAACAUGGAUAAAGCUUUAAAGGAGGUAUUUGACUACAGCUAUAGAGACUACAUUCUGUCGUGGUACGGGGAUCUCAGUAAAGAUGAAGGUCAGCUCUAUCACCUGCUUUCUGAUGACUUUUGGGAGCUAGCCAGACAGAUGCGGAGCCGGCUUGCUCAUGUUGAUGUUGUCAGAGUGGUCUGCAAUGAUGUAGUGAAAAACCUGUUCACACACUUCUGUGAUCUCAAGGCUGCAAACACUAGACAGGAUGAGCAGCCGAGACCUUUUGCCCUUCAUCCCUGCUUAAAAAACACUGAGGAAGAGGUCCGAUUCCUACAGACCUGUGCUCAGGUGCUUGUACUCUGCUUCCUGCCCACAAGGGAUUCUAAAUCUCGCAGCUUACGUAUAGUUCUGUCUGAAAUACUUGCUACUAAAGUGCUGAAGCCCCUGGUGGAGCUGCUGAGUGAUCCGGAUUACAUUAAUCAGAUGCUGCUGAGCCAGCUCGAGUACAGGGAGCAGGUGAACGAGCGUCACAAGAAGACCUACACAUAUGCUCCCUCUUAUGAGGAGUUCAUCAAGCUAAUUACUAACAGCUCUGACAUUGAGUUUCUGAAGCAGCUAAGGUACCAGAUUGUGGUAGAAAUAAUUCAGGCAACAACAAUUGGAAGUUUCCCGCAGAUGAAAAGGCUAAAAGAUUCUAAAGGCAAAGAAACAGCUGCCAUGAAAGCCGACCUUCUAAGAGCCCGUAAUAUGAAACGGUAUAUUAAUCAGCUAACCGUUGCCAAAAAGCAGUGUGAGAAAAGAAUUAAACUUCUUGGUGGCCCUGCAUAUGAUCAACAAGAUGAUGGAUGUUCAGAAGAUGUGGAUUGCCAUCAAAGCCAAAAGCUCAUUCAGUUUGAUGAGAUUGUAUCUAACCCUUCAUUCAGAGAGCAGUUCAGAAUAUACAUGGAAAAAAUUGACAAGGGGGCUUUGAUCAACUUCUGGGAGUCUGUGGAAUACUUAAAAAAUGCAAACAAGACAGAAAUACCUCAAUUAGUUGGUGAUAUUUAUCAGAAUUACUUUGUGGAGAGCAAAGAAAUUCCAGUAGAGAAACCACUUUAUAAAGAAAUCCAGCAAAGUCUUGUGGGUAACAAAGGUACCGAAGUUUUCAUUAAAAUUCAGGCUGAUGUGUACGACACGCUGAAGGACCGCUACUACCCAUCAUUCAUUGUCAGUGAUUAUUAUGACCAGUUAAUUCGUAAGGAAGACCAGGCUUCUUGCCCAUUUGCAUCCGAUGACAAGGAUGAAGCGAUGCAGGCCUGUGAAGGCAUUGGGGGGAUCCUGGAUGAAUGCAGCAGUGGUAUAACCGAGCAAGCUAGCUAUGCUGUAAAUAAACUCCGCCAACUCACCGAGAAGCUUGAAUACAAAAGACAAGCGCUUAUCUCCAUUAUUAAUGCACCCAAACCAGACAAAAAGAUUAUUUCCAAACUGAAGGAUGAAAUCGCACUGAUGGAGAAGGAGCAAAGUGACCUUGAUCUCCACAUUUCGAGAACAGAUUGGUGGUGUGAGAAUCUUGGCCUGUGGAGAGCGCUUAUAAACAUCAGUGAGGUUUCCGAGGAAAAUGGAGAGCAAAUGCCCUGUUAUUUUGUUUUGGUGAGUUUACCUGAAUCUGGGGAAUCUGAAGGCAGAAACUGGACUGUCCUGAGGAAACUGAGUGAAUUCCAAAACUUGCACCGAAAACUGAGUGAGUGUUUUCCUUCUUUGAAGAAAAUCCAGUUGCCUUCGAUCAGUAAGCUUCCCUUCAAAUCCAUAGAUCACAAGUUUUUGGAAAAGUCAAAAAACCAAUUAAAUCACUUUCUGCAGAAGCUGCUCAGUGAUGAGCGUCUGUAUCAGAGUGAGGUACUUUAUGCCUUUUUGAGCCCCUCCCCCGAGCACCUCAAGGUUAUCGAUGUACAGUGCAAAAAAUCUUCCUUUUCACUCGCCUCAUUUUUGGAGAGAUUUCCUGGGGAUUUCUUUUCCCACCAAGAGGAUGACACUGAGGAAGACAGUGAUUUAUGUGACUAUGGAGACGAUGUUGAUGGCAAAAAAGAUGCCUUGGCUGAGCCAUGCUUCAUGUUAAUAGUGGAGAUAUUUGAACUGCGGGGAAUGUUUAAAUGGGUCAGAAAAACACUGAUUGCACUCGUGCAGAUCACAUUUGGAAGGACCAUUAAUAAACAGAUCCGUGAUACAGUCAAUUGGAUUUUCAGUGAACAGAUGCUGGUUUACUACAUAAAUGUGUUCAGAGAUGCUUUUUGGCCAAAUGGAAAAUUAGCACCCUCAAAAACAUCAAGAACAGAGCUUCAAUGUCAGGAAACAAAACAGAAAGCGCAGCAAAAAUUACUUGAAAACAUUCCAGAUGCACUCCAAAACCUAGUUGGACAGCAAAAUGCCCGUCAUGGUAUUAUUAAAAUCUUUAAUGCACUCCAGGAAAACAGGGCAAAUAAACAUCUAUUAUACGUUUUGCUGGAGCUGCUGCUAAUAGAACUUUGCCCUGAACUGAGAAGUCAUUUAGAACAAUUUAAACUUGAUCAUGCCUCUGAUGGCACAAAGUAAACCACUACUUUUAAUGUCUGUGUAACAAUAGACAUGCAAAAUAUUUUCCUCUUUUCCAUAGAGGGCUAAAUGAAGACUACUUUCUUUGUAUUUUUCCCCUUCCUUUAUUUUAAGUAACAUUAACAGGGUUGACUGGAUGAAGAUGCUGUGUAGUAAGUGUAGAAGUUAAUAAACUAUGCUGCAUUGUUACCAGUUUAUUUUUAAAUGUUAUUUGUAUACAAAUUUUCUUUAGACUGACCUCAAAUAUUCAUUUACUUUAAGCUAAAAGAACACAGAAGAUUAUUUUAGUCCAUCAAUGGUGUUCAACCUGUGGAAGGAAAAAAACUUUUAUGGACCAUCCAGGACUGAAAGUUAUUACACGUUCAAAAAUUCCCAUUUUUCUUUUGAUCGUGAUAACUGAAUGUUGUACAGAUAAAUUCCUCAUUGAGGAUCCCAGACAUUCCUUUAUUAUUAUUAUUAUUAUAUUAUUUUUUUUGUGUAUUGAAAAAUGUUUUGUGCAAUACUGUAAUGUUAUUGUGUAUAUUUUAUUCUGGAUUGCUUUUGUUUUUACCAAAGACUGCCCAUUAUUUAAACUAUUUGUAAGCAAUAAAUUUAAAAAAAAAUUAACUUGUUUAUCCUUAGAUGUUUUAUCCUUAGAUGUUUAACUGGCAUAGCAGUGAAAACUAAUAUUUCUCAUACUUAAAGGUCAAGUGAAUACAGUCUGAGACCAUAACUUAUAUUCAUAGUUGCCAAAUUCCUUUUAGUGUUAUUUCAUAUAUUAUGAAAGGUGUCCUGGGUAAACGAUCUAGGUAUCAGUGAUUCCAUUUACACAAACUAGUCCCUUUUAUAGGAUGGAAUACCAUAAGUCAUACUUGGUAAGUGAUGGGAUAUAGUAAACCUGAAACUUCCAGUGCAAAUAGUUUUGGGUUCACAUUUAUCUAUUCAUUCCUUCAUUGUAUCUACCUUACAAAGUAUGGGACAUGGUAUGUUUGAUAUGUGCUGGUUGUUGCGUCUUCUGCUUCUCUAAUUAAUGCAAAUGUAAGCAUUUUGUGUUCUAUAAACAUCUUCAACAUUGGUCUAAUAAAAGUAUAUACAGAACAUCAUCAGUCUUUGGUCUGAGCCAAUUUUCUAUGGCACAAUUGCUCAACCAGAAUAUCUGGAAAUUUUAAUGUGCUAACGUGCUUUGUGCAUAGGCAACCACAUACACUUUUGUGAUUGGGGGUAACAAUGUCCUGAACAUAUAUAACAACCCUGUAGACACACAAGUAAAAUAAAGAUUUAUAGCUUUAA